AUGCCUGCUAGCUAUUGUUAUUACUAUUAUUAUUAUUAUUGUUAUAAUACAGCGUGUCACAGGAGGGAUUUGAACCAGCUCCAACAGGGCUGCCCUUCUGUCUCCGCCGCCCGCAGGCAGGAGACUACAACUCCCGGCAAGCCGCGCGGCUACGUCCGGGACGCGCCCCGCCCCCUUACGUCAGGGGCUGUUGGCGGUCAUGGCCACGCGCCUUCCGGAGUCCCCGCUCGGCGCGGGCCCCGCCCUCGCGGCACUGUGACGAGCGCGCGCCGGAAGUGUCGUCAUCAGCGCCUGGUCUCCCGCCCUCCCCUAGCUCCACUGCGAGGCCGCACUCGAGCCCCGGGGGCCCAGCGAGAUGGAGAGCCUUGCGCGGGCAGCGCCUCGCCGGCCGCUGCGGCCCGGGCGCUGGGCACCCUGCGGAGGCAAAGUACGGCCCUGGCUGGCUCCAGAGCUCGCAGCAAGCGGGUGACGGAGGCGAAGGCGAGGAAGCGGGUCCUCGACGAGGAGGAGUACAUCGAGGGCCUCCAGACAGUGAUUCAGCGGGACUUCUUUCCUGAUGUGGAGAAGCUGCAAGCUCAGAAGGAGUACUUGGAGGCAGAGGAGAGUGGGGACCUGGAGAGGAUGCGGCAGAUAGCCAUCAAGUUCGGCUCUUCGCUGGGCAAAUUGUCCAGAGACACCCCUCUGCCGUAUGUGACCCCAGCUACAUUUGAGACCCCUGAGGUUCACCCGGGCACUACCUCCUUGGCGACUAAGCCCAGACUUCGUGCCAAAGGUCCCAAGGAGGGGUCGGGAGAAGCAGAGGAAGAGGAGGACAGAGAGCCCCUCCCUAGUCUCGACGCUUUCCUGACCAGGUACACCAGUGAGGACAAUGCCUCGUUCCAGGAGAUCAUGGAAGUGGCGAAGGAGAAGGAGAGAGCCCGGCACGCCUGGCUCUACGAGGCAGAGGAUGAGUUUGAAAAGAGGCAGCAGGAGAACCUGGCCCUGCCGUCCACUGAGCAGCAGGCCCUGCAGAGCAGCCAGGCCGGAGUGGAGACUUGGAAGUACAAGGCCAAGAAUUCCCUGAUGUACUACCCUGAGGGUGUCCCUGAUGAGGAAGAUGUGUUUAAGAAGCCCCGGCAGGUGCUGCACAGAAACACUCGUUUUCUCAGGGACCCUUUCAGCCAGGCCCUGAGCAAGUCCCAGCUGCAGCAGGCAGCUGCCCUCAAUGCCCAGUACAAACAGGGUAAAGUGGGCCCCGAUGGCAAGGAGCUGAUCCCUCAGGAGUCUCCCAAGGUCAAUGGGUAUGGAUUCGUUACCACCCCUUCUCCAGCCCCUGGUGUGAACGAGUCUCCCAUGAUGACGUGGGGAGAGGUUGAGAGUACCCCCUUGCGAAUUGAUGGGUCAGAAACUCCAUAUGUGGACAGAACUCCAGGGCCAGCCUUCAAGAUCCUGGAGCCUGGACGCAGAGAGAGGUUAGGUCUCAAGAUGGCCACUGAGGCAGCUGCCAAGAACCGAGCCAAGAAACAAGAGGCCCUAAGAAGAGUCACGGAGAACCUGGCCAGCCUCACUCCCAAAGGCCUGAGUCCAGCCAUGUCCCCAGCCCUGCAGCGCCUUGUCAACAGGACCGCCAGCAAAUACACCGACAAGGCCCUGCGGGCCAGCUACACGCCAUCCCCGGUUCACCCUGGCUACAAGACGCCUGCGGGCGGUCCUCAGACUCCCACGGGCACUCCUGCCCCCGGCACUACCACGAGGACUCCUCUGACCCAGGACCCUGCCUCCAUCACCGACAACCUCCUGCAGCUCCCCAAGCGACGGAAAGCAUCGGACUUCUUCUGAGGACCCUGCAGUGGGGGCCCGGGGCAAAGCGCAGCCCUCCCUGGCCAUGGGACCCUUGGGGCAGCAGAACGCUUUGUCAGGUGGGAUGGAAAUGCCCCCGUGGAGGGGCCACGCCUGCACCCAGCUACAGGCCGGGCACUUGGUCAGGCUCAACUAAAAGCUGAACCAAAGCUUCCCUGGGUUCCCGUCCCUGUCUGGCUGCACAGCCCCUCCCCUCACCUGGGUCGGCCAUGUGGCCAGGCAGGGCUCGGCGGGCCUGGAUCUGGGUGAGGGUGACCUCGGGUCUCCUGGGGGUGACACUGAGCACAUCUCUUAGCACUUCCUCUCUCCCUAAAAUCGGGACGUGAAUGCUUGCCUUCGUGGGGGGAAAACGCUAGGUCGGAGCUGUUGGCCUGGUUUUUGGGUCCCAGAACCUGGGCCUCCUCUAGGGGAUUUGGCAAAGGGCCCGGGAAAGGGAGACCCCAGCCCGACCUAGUAUCCCCUUCCCAGCAUUGUUUCCAUUCUGUAUCGGGGUCUAAACUGUAUGAGCCCACACAUAGGACUGGACCAUUAAAUGCCGUCUUAGCCUCUUGA